AUGUUGUUCAAAACCUAUCUUGCCGCUGGCGCUCUAGCAUCUGGAGCCAUGGCCGGCACCAUGAAGAAGACACAUCGAUGUGGCGCCCCUCCAAUGACAGACGAGCGGAGGGAGUUGAACCAGCAAUUUUCUAUCGAGGAGGCUGAAGCUCUCAUGAAUGGCGCCUUUUCAGCGGAAGUAAAAGCUGAUAUUCCCGUCUCGGUUUACUUGCACUCCGUCUCUGCAAAGCAGAGCACAUUACUUAGCGAUGAAACUCUGAGAAAGCAGAUGGAUGUGCUUACCAAGGACUUUACCGGGUCUGGCUUUAAGCUCACUCUGGCCAAUACUACCAAGACGGUCAAUGCUGCCUGGGCUGGCGGUAGCAAUGAGAUGGCCAUGAAGAAGAAGCUACGCCAGGGCAACUACCGGGAUCUCAAUUUGUAUUUCUUGGACAACUUGCCCGGCCUGCUCGGCUUCUGCUAUUUCCCAACCAACGCCCCGAAGGGAUCAGAUGACUUUUACAGGGACGGCUGCGUCAAUGCUGCCAACUCGGUUCCUGGGGGUAAACCCCCAUUUGACUUGGGCAAAACCGCCGUUCACGAGUCCGGUCACUGGUUUGGACUGGAGCACACCUUCGAGGGAGGUUGUGAUGAGCCCGGCGACGGUGUCGCUGAUACUCCUGCGCAGGAGUCAUCAACUUCUGGCUGCCCAGUUGGCCGGGACUCCUGCCCUAAUCAGCCCGGCUUGGAUCCCAUUCACAACUACAUGGACUACUCUGACGAUGCAUGCUACGAAGAAUUCACAGCUGGCCAGAAGACCCGCAUGAUGAGUUACUGGACCAAGUACAGAGCUGGCAAGUAA